CUUGUGUCCAAUAUUUGCCUUUUACUUCACACUAUGUCCACCACAUCACUUUUCAUCAACUAUUAAUUUAAUAAAUACAUAUCUUCAUCCCCCCCGCCCCUCCAAUUCUCUUUCUUUUUUUCAUCCACAAAUGAAUAACUCCGCCACCACCGCCGUUAAACGCCACAAAAACCACCACCACCGCCGGCACAACGGUGAUCAUCAGUCCUUGAUCCCUGGACUUCCCGAUGAUAUUGCUCAAAUUUGUUUAAAUCAAGUAAAACCUUCUACACUUUUCUUCAUUUGCCAUUCAUGGCGUAACCUUAUCUACUCACCUUCUUUUCCUCCAUUUUUAUCUGUAUACGCCUUAUUGUUAGCUACAAACGAAACAAAAAACUCAGCGAAUUUUACUGAUUCUGUACAAUUUGCUAGUUUCGAUCCAAUUUCAUCGAAAUGGCAGCUUCUUCCUCCUCCGCCACCAGAUCCGCCACUUCGCUUCCUCGUUAAACAUCCUUCGUUUAUCUCCAGAAACCUUCCGAUUCAAUCGGUAAGUGUUUCCGGCAACUUAAUUCUCCUCGCUGCAACUGCCGAUCAGUUCCUCCCGGCGAUUUCUCGUCCGUUGAUUUUCAAUCCGACGACGAAACAAUGGAGCUACGGUCCCCGUCUCGCUGCACCCCGCCGGUGGUGCGCGGCGGGCGCGUUAGGCAACGUGGUUUAUGUAGCGAGUGGGGUUGGGUCCCAUUACAACGUCCAGGUAGCUCGAUCAGUUGUAAAAUGGGACCUCGAUAACAGUAGUGGGCCCAAUUCAGUAUGGGAGGAAAUAAGUGGGUUAAAAGACGGGAAAUUCAGUAGAGAAGCAAUUGAAGCUAUUGGAUGGAAAGGAAAAUUAUGUAUGGUGAAUGUGAAAGGUGAUGCUGCUAAACAAGGGAUAAUUUAUAAUGUCGGAAUGGACACGUGGCAAGAGAUGUCAGAGGGGAUGUUAGUAGGGUGGAGGGGUCCGGUGGCGGCGAUGGCGGAGGAGACACUUUAUAUGGUGGAUGAAUCUAAAGGAGUUUUGAGAAGAUAUGAUGAGGAGAGGGAUAUUUGGGUGGAGAUAUUGGAGAAUGAAAUGCUUAAAGGUGCGGAAUAUGUAGCGGCAGCCGGUGGUAGAGUUUGCGUGGUUGGUGGCGGCAGUACUGGGAUAGUGGUGGUGGAUGUGGUGGCUGAGCCGCCGAGGUUGGUGGUGGUUGAAACUCCGGUAGGGUUUAAGGUUUUGAAUAUACAUGUUUUGCCGAGGAUGAGUCAUUGAACCAACAUCGUUGCGAUGCAGUGGUAAAACUGUUUCACCCUUAAUCAGAAAUCUCAUGUUCGAAUUCUAAGUCUGAAAAAAAUCCUGAUGAGAGUGUCACCCUCAAAUAGAUCCUGCAAUGAGCGAUCCGAAUUUAGUUAGGACUCGACGGGCUUCAGACACCGAAUGAAAAAUAAAAAAAAAAGGAUGAGACAUUGAUAAUAUUUCUCAAAUUUUGUAUUUUUUUCUCCGAAAUAAGAAAAGUAUACCUAGUACACAUGCGUUUUACGUGGCGUCCUAUGCAGUAAUUUGUGUGAGAUAUAUUCAAAUUGAUUUGUAUUAUACCAUAUGGAAUGUGUGUGUUUGUUUAUUCAAUUUUAUACAAAUUUUACUUAUUU